GCUAUGGAGAUUAAUGGAUGACACAAAUAAUAUACGUGAAAAUAGUGCGGAAGUAAUUGAAUCGGUAGAAUCAAAGCAGAAAAAAGCUAAAUCAACAAUAUCAGAUUUAUGGAAAUGCUUCACAAAUACGGGCAAGGCUGAAGAUGGAAUUGAAAGGGAAAAGUGUAAUGGGUGUAAGAUUGCAACUUUUGAAGUUGGUACAACUCCCAAAAGUAAAAAUUAUGGGACUUCACAUUUACGUCAUCAUAAAGAGAUGAAAAUGAAGAUUUUGAGACAACUUUACCAGAAGAUGAUUCAGAGAUGCUCGAUGAAGAUAAAGUGGUGAUGUUAGAUACAUAAUACGUGCCAUGCAAGCUUUUCUUGAGUAGUUCAUUUUUAUUUUUAAU